GUUCUGUGUGCAGUUUCCAUGUCAUGGAUCACGAAAGACGGCGCUGCUCAAGGGUUCUGUGAAGGUAGUUCACGCGGAGCUCCAGUUAGUUUCACUCUGACAGCAGAUGAGGAAGUCACACUCUGUCCGAGAACGAGUAAGAACAGGACUGGGUUUGUGAGAGAAAUUUAUCUGGAAUAACUCACAACAUGUUCCUGGUUUUGGAAGGGUGACACCAAAUCUUUAAGGAAUAAACACUUCAUAAGUUUCUAAGACAACCUUGGCAUUAGGUCACUUCUGGACCCUCAUCUGACUGGAUUACGCACCUUAUUUGCCUGAUGUUUCCACCACUGAGCUUCAGCACGAGAUGGUGUGCUGGGAACUUGGCUGUUUGACAGAGACUCGACAGAAAUGUCGAAGUCAAGUGGACAGGGGAUGUUCAACAGUGAACUUCCCCGGUUCCUGAUUGGAAGUGAGGGUGGUGAGAGCAGAGAGCUGGGUGACACAGACAUGAGGAAGAUCUCAGGGGAUUACGGAGAGGAGGAGGAGGAGGAGGAUGAGGAUCAGUCAGAGCGUCAGAUUGUAGUGGGGAUCUGCUCCAUGAUGAAGAAAUCCAAAUCCAAACCAAUGACUGAGAUUCUGGAGAGGCUCUGUAAGUUUGAGUACAUCACUGUGGUCAUUUUUCCAGAGGAGGUUAUACUCAACGAGCCGGUGGAGAAGUGGCCGUUGUGUGACUGCCUCAUUUCCUUCCAUUCCAAAGGAUUUGCCCUUGACAAAGCUGUAAGUUAUGCCAAACUAAGAAACCCCCUCCUUAUCAACGACCUCGAUAUGCAGUAUUUCAUUCAAGACAGGAGGGAAGUGUACAGGAUUCUACAGGAAGAGGGCAUUGACCUUCCUCGCUAUGCAGUGUUGAACCGGGACCCCGACAGACCAGAGGAAUGUAACCUGGUGGAGAGCGAGGACCAUGUGGAAGUGAACGGGGAAGUGUUUCACAAACCCUUUGUGGAGAAGCCCGUCUCCGCUGAGGACCACAAUGUCUACAUCUAUUACCCAACCUCUGCUGGCGGCGGCAGCCAGCGUCUCUUCAGAAAGAUCGGCAGUCGGAGCAGUGUGUAUUCUCCUGAAAGUACUGUUCGCAAGACUGGAUCAUACAUCUAUGAGGAGUUCAUGCCCACAGAUGGCACUGAUGUUAAGGUUUACACAGUUGGACCUGAUUACGCUCACGCCGAAGCCCGUAAGUCUCCUGCUCUGGAUGGGAAAGUGGAGCGAGACAGUGAGGGGAAGGAGAUCCGUUAUCCUGUGAUGCUCACCGCUAUGGAGAAGCUUGUGGCCAGAAAAGUGUGUCUUGCAUUCAAGCAAACAGUCUGUGGUUUUGACCUCCUCCGAGCAAAUGGUCACUCUUUCGUUUGUGACGUUAAUGGCUUCAGCUUUGUAAAGAACUCCAUGAAGUACUAUGAUGAUUGUGCCAAAGUCCUGGGGAACAUGGUGAUGCGAGAGCUGGCUCCUCAGCUCCAUAUUCCCUGGUCAAUCCCCAUGGAAGCAGAGGACAUCCCUAUCGUCCCGACUACCUCAGGGACCAUGAUGGAGCUGCGUUGUGUUAUUGCUGUAAUUCGCCAUGGUGACCGUACGCCCAAACAGAAGAUGAAGAUGGAGGUCAGGAACGCCCUGUUUUUUGAGUUGUUUGAGAAGUACGGUGGCUAUAAGUCUGGAAAACUCAAGCUGAAGAAACCAAAACAGCUCCAGGAAGUGCUGGAUAUUGCUCGUCAGCUGUUGGCAGAACUGGUCCUGCAUAAUGAUUGUGAGAUUGAGGAGAAGAAAUCCAAGCUAGAACAACUGAAGACGGUUCUGGAGAUGUAUGGCCAUUUCUCAGGGAUCAACAGGAAGGUGCAGCUGACCUACCUCCCAAAUGGGCAGCCCAAAGCAUCCAGUGAAGAGGAGGACGCUCUGAAGGAGGGCCCAUCUCUACUGCUGGUGCUGAAGUGGGGCGGUGAGCUGACGCCAGCGGGUAGAGUUCAGGCUGAGGAGCUUGGACGAGCCUUUCGUUGCAUGUACCCUGGAGGACAAGGCGACUAUGCCGGCUUCCCUGGUUGUGGCCUUCUCCGUUUACACAGCACUUACCGCCAUGACCUCAAAAUUUACGCAUCAGAUGAGGGUCGUGUUCAGAUGACUGCAGCAGCUUUUGCAAAGGGUCUGUUAGCACUGGAAGGAGAGCUGACUCCAAUCCUCGUUCAGAUGGUGAAGAGUGCCAACAUGAACGGACUGCUGGACAGCGACAGCGACUCUCUCACUGACUGCCAGCAGAGAGUCAAAGCUCGAUUACAUGAGAUCAUGCAGAAGAACAAAGACUUCAGUGAGGAGGACUACAGCAAGUUGGCUCCAACAGGCAGCCCAUCUCUGGUGAACUCUAUGGGGGUGAUCUUCAAUCCAGUCAGUACUUGUGAUCGAGUUCACACACUCAUUAAAAGCCUUACUUGGCAGAUCUGUAAAAGGCUGGAAGACCCCAAAUCUGCAGAUCUACAGCUAUACCACAGUGAGACUCUGGAGCUCAUGCUGCAGCGCUGGUCCAAACUGGAGCGUGACUUCCGCAUGAAAAACGGCCGCUAUGACAUCAGUAAGAUCCCAGAUAUCUAUGACUGUGUGAAAUACGACACCCAACACAAUUCUUCUCUGGGGCUGGAGGACACGCUGGAGCUUUUCCGUCUGUCCAGAGCACUUGCAGACAUCAUUAUCCCACAGGAGUAUGGAAUCACUAAAGCAGAGAAGCUGGAUAUUGCCAGUGCCUACUGCCUGCCUCUGGUCAAGAAGAUUCAGCUGGAUCUUCAGAGAACCCAUGAGGACGAGGCCGUCAACAAGCUGCAUCCACUGUACUCGCGGGGCGUGAUGUCUCCGGGUCGACAUGUUCGAACCCGGCUGUAUUUCACCAGCGAGAGCCACGUCCACUCCCUGCUUAACAUCUUUCGCUACGGAGGCCUGUUAGACGAGCUAAAAGAUGACCAGUGGAAGCAGGCUAUGGACUACCUCAGCGCUGUAACCGAACUCAACUAUAUGACACAGAUUGUUAUUAUGCUGUAUGAGGACAAUAACAAGGACCCCUCUUCAGAGGAACGUUUCCAUGUGGAGUUGCACUUUAGCCCGGGAGUGAAGGGGUGCAAGGAUGAGGAGAAUGCACCGAUGGGUUUUGGCUUCCGGCCAGCCUCCUCCGAGAACCACGAGAUGCAGACAGACCCAGGCAGUCUUGAAGACCUUUCUCAAGACGAGCCUGACAGAGCUGCACUGACUGAGCCAAUCAGCAUUCAGAGGAAGUCACCACUCAUACGAGGCCGAAAGGCUGGAUCUAUGGAGGCUCUUUCAGAGAGUAACACUUCUUCUCGAGGGCUGGCGUAUCGCAUCUUCCCAUCGACUUCUCGUCAGUCACCCGAGAUCAAACCCAGCGGGCUAGGCGCCCAGUGUGCGGGCCUCUUCAGUGCCUCCUUCCCCAACCUGAGAGACCUAGCACGAGUUCCCCGCAAAAAGCCCUGCUCGCUCAGGAAUCGGUCUUCUCAAACCGGGUUUGAAGGUUGCUCCUUGGUGCCCUCCAUCUAUCCACUGGAGACACUGCACAACUCGCUGUCCCUCAAGCAGGUGGACGAGUUCCUCACCACGUUGUGUAAAAACGGGAGCGAGACACAAUUCAAGAGGCUCAAAUCCCUGUCUGCCAUGUUUGAGUCACACUCCCAGCCAUCCAUAGAUGUUGAUAAUCAGGAGACCCCAAUGUCAACUCCAGUCCAGAACCAACCAGCUCCACAGUCUCUCUGGUACACCAGCAGCCCUCCCAGUACCGUAUCCAGUUCUGGGCCCUCGUCUCCAUCUGUGCCCGAGCCCUCAUCCAACUUCAGAUUCAACAGCGAGUAGAAACAUCUUUUACUCUUAGAUCAGUUUCACAGUGUCUGUUUGAAAAGUUAGAGGUUAAGAUUGAUAUGGUCCAUGUUAUCUACUUGGAAGCUGCUAAUAUUGUACUAUCUGCACUUCUACCUGAACAAUACAGAGUCUCUUUGGCUGAGAUUCAGCUGAUAGUUUGAUCUGUCAGCAAAUACAGCUCUGAAACCAGUAAUUAUCUCUUCCGCUGUACUUCUGCGCUCCGGUGGAGUUGGAUAGUAAUUAUGAUCCCAGAUUCAGCGUCAGAGAGACAGAGACAUUACAGACAAUAGUAAUUGUGUGUGCAACUUUUUCCCCCACCCUACAAAUGCAACUCAAAUAAAUACUCAAAGAAGCAUACAAGUCCAAAAAAUAUAUAUUUAAUCAUUCAGAUCCAAUUGUGUUAUUUUAAUCGUACCACUAUUUUUUUUUCAGUUUGUGUAUAUUAUAAUUAUUUUAUGAUUUUCUUUUUUGAUCAUGUGAUUUCUUUUUAGAUCUACCAAAAAAUUGCUGUAUUUUUAUUAUGUGAAUUGCAAAGGUAUUGUUUGAGAAUGAUUCAAGGGAUAGUUCACCCAAAAAUGAAUAUUCUGUCAUCGUUUACUCACCCGUCAUGUCAUUCAGAACCUGUAUGAAUUUAUUUCUUCUGUUAAAUAUAAAAGAAGAUAUUCUAAAGAAAGUUGUAAAUCAAAAAGAUGGUGGCACCCAAUGACUUGCAUAAUAUUUUUUUUUCCAAACCAUGGAAGUGAAUGGCUACCGUCAAAUGUUUGGGUUACCCACAUUCUUCAAAAUCUCUUCUUUUGUGCUCAACAGAAGAAACUCAAACAGGUUUAGAGCAACCUGAAAAAAUGAGUAAAUGACAGAAUUUUAAUUUUGAGCAGGACCCGUCCCAUAAAAUGAGCUGCAAUAGACUUUUCAAGAGUGUUCAGCUGUUUGUAAUCUGCUGUAGUGUUUACUCUGUAAAGUUGAAAGUAUAUUUAAUUUUAGAGACUUGUAUUACUUAAAUAAAUGGCUUUAAAUGUG